CAGAAACAGUUGAGGUUGCGUCUGAAGAGAGCGGUGCUCCUAUUGGUUAGAAACCACGCCGCCGCGCCGGGCGUAAGCACGGCAGAUGCGUGACGCCGGUAGCAGUUGAAAAAUGGCGAGUGUUACUGAACUGAAAGCUGUUUUAAAGGACACCUUGGAAAAAAGGGGAGUGUUAGGACAUUUAAAAGCAAGAAUCCGUGCUGAAGUUUUCAAUGCCCUGGAUGAUGAUCAAGAACCCCGACCAUCAUUGUCUCAUGAAAACCUUCUAAUUAAUGAAUUAAUUAGAGAGUAUUUGGAAUUCAACAAAUAUAAGUACACAGCCUCUGUCCUCAUAGCAGAAUCUGGUCAACCUGUAGUUCCAUUGGACAGACAGUUUCUCAUCCGUGAACUGAAUGCCUUUGAAGAAUCAAAGGAUAACUCAAUUCCUCUGUUAUAUGGAAUUUUAGCCCAUUUCUUGCGUGGUCCUCCAGAUGGCAUCCAGAAUGUGCUUCUGACAGAGUCAACACUUCAGCCUCCAAACAGGCAUCCCAGCUGGAAGCCCAGCAGAAAACCAAAGGAUGACCACCUGAGGAAGGACACGGUCCCGAGCACCGCGACUGAAGAGCUGCAUGCUGCUGCGCAAGCAGUCAGCAGAUGACUCUCUGAUCUCAGCUGUGUAUGUGGAGAAGUUAACUUAUUAUUCCCAAUACCAUUAAUUAGACCACCACUGUUUGUAAACGUUUGAGCUUCUACAAACAUUCAGCCUCAAAUUUUACUGUAUCUGUGAAAAGCUAAUCCGUGCUAAAAGCCACUGGAGAAAAACAUCUUGUUUUCAGGAUUGUUUUUUGUUUUGUUUUGUUUUGUUUUACUUUUUUAUUUUAUUUUAUUUUUUUUUUGGUAUAGCCUUGGCUGUCCUAGAACUCACACUGUAGCCCAGGCUGGCCUCAAACUCACAGAGAUCUGCCUGCCGAGUGCUGGAAUUAAAGGUGUGCGCCACCACUGCCAGGCCAGGAUAUAUUUUUUAAAGUUCCUUUAUUCUUUGUCCCUUUUCCCUUUUUUAAAGGCCAUCACCAAGGGCUGUGGAUGGGCUUCCAGGGAAGCACUUGCCUCGCAUUUGUGAGGUCCCGAGUUCAGUCCUCGCACUGAGAAAAAGAAAACACAAGUACAGGUCUGUCUGUAUGUUCUGUUCAUUAAACUUCCUUCAGCUAGAAUUAUAUAGACCAGUGGAAAAACUCAUUCAUGUUUUUGAAAAAAUAUUUAAAGGGCAUAAAACCAAAAUUUAUUCCUUUAAAGUUUGAUAUUUAAGAAAUAUCUGAAUCACUGUCUGCCCCAGCUAGUUUUGUCUCAGCUUGACACAAGUUAGAGUCAUUUGGGAAGAGGAACUCUCAGUUGAGAAAUAUUCCUUCAUCAGAUUGGCCUAUGGGCAAGCCUGUAGUGCAUUUUAUCAAUGAUUGAUGUGAGAGGGUCCAGCCCAUUGUGGGUGGGUGGUCCUGGGUUCAGUAAGAAAGGCCAAGCAGGCCUUGUUGAGCAAGUCUCUGUGGUGUUCUACCCUGACUUCUUCAGUGGUAGCUUGUGAUAUGGAACUGUAUGCUGAAAUAAACCCUCUCCUUCCCAAGUUGCUUAUGGUCCUGGUCUUUACAAUAUUAAUGAAAACCCUGAGACACUCUAAUGUUGAUCUUUAAACUAAAUAACAGUGUUCUUUUCCCAAGAAUAGUGUGGUUUCUACUAGGGAAUUUAAUGAAAAGGUAACAGGGGAAAUAAUUCUUUUAAUUUUGUUUUAGUGAAACAGGGUUUAUUUUAUUAUAUAAAGAAUGUAAGGACAAAGCUCUGGGAGAAGUGCCAUGUAGGAACUUUAAUGGAGCUGUUACCAGAGCUCUCUGUGCAGCUCCCUCCUGCACACAGUGACAAUAGAGGUGCCAUCUUUUGCUUACAUGGACUCUUGAGAGACUUAGUAAACAGGAGUUUUGAUUCUUAGGAUAGGAAAAUCAUAAGAGCUGCUACUGUUCUGCCUCUGAAUGCUACUUUGCCGUUUAUCAAGGAGAUUUUUCUAGUGUAGGUAGCUACAGCCUUAUUUCAUGGAACACAGCUGUUCCAUCAAUGGUUCAUUACUGUCAAGAGUCACACAGCGCAAGAGUUGCACAGUUUUAUUACAGAUAAAGUAGCAUGGGGGACAGAACUUAACAAUGCAUAGCCAAGUAUGUGCCACAGGAAGAGAGCUGAGGGUUACUUUCAGGCAUUGGAGACUUGGAAUGUUACCAGUUUGAGUUGUAUGUGGUGAUACUAGUCACGCACUGCUCAAAGACGGAUGGAUAACAUUCCUGUUCAUGUAGAACAUGAUGAAGGAAACCCCUUUAAAUGGUCUUCACCACUCUUAAAGUUCUUAGAAACCCUGUUGGAUAAAGGGGAUCCAUAAAUGCAGUUUUACAAGAACCCAUAUCCAUUUUUUCUUUUCAAUGUAAAAAUAGAAAUGUAUUUAAAAUACAUUUCCUGUUGAUCAUUCUUACUGUACUUUGAGCAGAGAGGACAAGCUGAUAUUGUACUCGUAAGCACAGUAAAAAAAAAAAAAAAAAAGAACAGCCUGUUAACAUUGACAAGCUAAGCGUAGAUUGCUGGCACAUAAAGGGUGCCUGCUCCUGUAAUGUGUGUAUCAAAAAGGGAUCUAGAGCAGUACAGAGCCAUGCAGACAGCAGCCCAGGACUAGUGCCGACCCCCAUUCCUGAGGAGGGCUUUGUUUCUCUCUUGUUUUAUCAGAGAACAUGGGGCACAGUUCUGUUUUAGAGUGGCAGAGUAGGCACUGUCACCAAAAACUGAUGGCUUCCAGGGAUCAUUUAAUAUACUGACAGUUGAAAUCUAAAAUGCAUGAAAUGUCUGGUGUUAAAAAUUAGAGCCCUUUAAAUUGAGUGUGUUAUGUCCAUAUUCUUUUUUAUACUUUGCAAGCAUGGUAUAGAAUAUAUAUUCUGUUGAAUUGGCUGAAUCGGGGCUUACUUAUAAUGGCUGGAUCUUCUGUUUUGUUGUCUUUGUCAAUUUUACAGCCUUGAAAUGCCAUUUCUAUGGUGCCUGUUCUGCAGUUUUGGUUUUCCCAGAAGAUAAUUAUUUCAGUGUUAACUUGCAGAUUUUCCUUGGUUGCAUGAAUCACCUCCAGUAUUUCUCACAUUCACUGUUUUUCUCUUUUUAAGAUUUUAUUUUCAUGUAAAUGGGUUUUUCCUACUUGUAUAUCUGUGUACCGUGUGCAUACAGUGCCCUCAGAGGCCAGAAAAGGAUGUCAUAUCCCCUGGAACUGAAAUAACAGGAAGUUGUGAGCCAACAUGUGGGUACUGGGAACUGAACCCAAGUCCUCUGCAAGAGCAUCCAGUUUUUUUAACCUCUGAGCCACCUCUCCAGCCCCCAAAUUAACUCUUCCUUAACACUUCACUGUUAGAAUAUGUGCUUGUGUGUACCAUUUCUUCCAUAGACUGAAUCUUGCAAGCACAGCCUUCUUAGAGAUUUAGAGAAUGUUUUCAAUAGGACUUGUGGUCAAUUCAGUAUGGGCAAGACAGAAUAUUUAACAAGUGUUUUGGCUACUGUAGCUUUUGUUAGCAGGUCAGACCGGGUUCUUAUAGUUCUUGGGGCAGCCCUUACUAAUCAGGCUGAGUAUUUCCAGUGGUAGAACUGCCAGGGGUUCUGUGGAAGCCUUAUUUCUGAGCGUGUGCAUGUUACUAUGGAGAUUGUUGUGGUAGUCAAGGUCAUAGCUGUGUCUGUAACCCUUCUGCUGUUUAUACAGACCAAGGCUUUGCAGCUUUGGAGAUAGUAGAAGAAUUUUAUUUAUUGUAGAGUUCUGACUCUGUCUUACAGAGACUUUCUGAAUGAAUUAAUCUUAGACCCAACAAUGUAGCCGUGACCAAAGCUGCAUGGGCUUCUUGGUCUUCCUGCAGUCACUUGUCUCUGUUACUCUCAGGGAGAGGUUAAACAUUGUAUCUGACUUUGGAAAUCAUAUUUAAUUGGUAGGGAGUGCAAUAUGUCAUCCUCAAAGUUAUUUCUAAAUUGGUUAAUUUAUUAGAAGAUUUUAUAGAAAUACGGGUUGUGUUAAUUUUGCUCUUUAUAGAAUUUUUUUUUUUUUUUUUUUUUU